AUGCUGUUGUCCUGCCGGCGUCUGCACCUGCCCAGUCUCGUGGUCAUCUGGCUCGUUUGUAGCGGUGUGGCGGCCGGCACCAGCCCCCUGUGUCCCGCGUCCUGCACCUGUCGACCUUCGGACAGGGGUAAGAGAAGGAUCUCCUGUUUGGCGGGCGGCCUGACCGAUCCCAUACCCACCGGACAGAUGGACCCCAGGACGGAGGUGCUGGAGAUAUCGGCGCCGGAGGAUAGGAAGAACUGGUUGAGCGUCACUAGUAUGUUCCAGCACUUCAAACACCUGGAAGAGCUCCAUAUCACCAACUCGAACAUCAACCAAAUCAGCAUGCACGCCUUUUGGGGCAUCCCCAGCCUCAAGAUCCUCGACCUGGGCCUCAACAACAUCAGCUCGCUGUUCGACCACAAUUUUCGCGGUCUGGUUAAUCUGAUCGACCUCAAUCUGGACGCGAACCGGAUCGCCGCGCUGCCAAGUGGCGUGUUCAAGCACUUGACCGAACUGAGGACGUUGAGCCUGCAGAGGAAUCUGUUGCGAGAACUGGUGCCGAGGACGUUCCUCAAGCUGGUCAAGUUGCACGCGUUGAGGAUUAGUGGCAACAGGUUCGAGGAGUUGGAUCCGGAAGCGUUCAAGGAGAUUCCGGAACUACGCACUUUGGAAUGCCGUCACUGCGGUCUGCGACGCAUUAACACCCAAAUCUACCACCUGUUGCCUUAUUUAACCCACCUAGACCUAGGCUACAACCGCAUCCAGUUCCUGGCCAGCGACGAAUUCCAGGACCUCCAUCGCCUGCACAGCUUAAAACUGGACGGAAACAUGUUCCCGGUUAUCUUGGAGUACACUUUUGUCAACCAGCAACAGCUCAAGUACCUCAACUUGGCUAGGAACCGAAUAGCUAAGGUCCCUGAUACUUCUUUGAAGAAUUUGAGCAGUUUGGUCGAACUGGAUCUUGGUUAUAACAAGCUUAGCAAGACUGAAGGUUUGGUGUUUGUGCAUGUGAAUAAAACUCUGGAGAGAUUAGUGUUAAGUGGGAACAACUUGAAGCAAGAAUUUAUAAAAAGUAUUGUGGGGGUGUUGGGUAAGGUUAGGGAUUUGAGUUUAGCUCACAUGAAGCUAGCUAGUGUUUCCAGUGGGUUUUUUCCUGACAGAAUUCGAAAUUUAAACCUUUCGGGAAACAAUUUCAGUGAAGUGACCGUCGACAUGUUUCCCAGACAGUUAUUCUCUUUAGAUUUAAGUAAAAACGAAAUAAAGGGACUGAAUGAUAGUGUAGUGUCGUUUCUUGAAUACAUCAAAAGGGUUGAUAUAACAGAUAAUCCAUGGACGUGCACCUGGUGUUAUAUAACAGACCUAUUUUUUCGAGUAAACGAUACAAACUUAUUUCAAAAUGCAACAUGUGCCUUUCCCAGUGUUCUCAAAGGCAAACGCCUUACGAAGUUAAAUUCGGACGAAAUUCCGUCUUGUGGUUUGUUAAUAGGGCUGGUCUGUAUAGUAACGUUCGCAGUGUUUUCGGUGGUGUUCGUGUGUUCGUGUGUGAAGAGGCACCACAGAAACGGUGAGCGUGCCAAGCGUGCUGCGGAGUGCCAGGAAAACAACGUGGAGCAUCUGCAGACCGCGGCUAUAUUUAGUAAGAGCGAGAUAAGUUUCCAGUUUCCGCUGGAUCUGACUGAGAGGAAGUUGUCGGUGUCGACGAUUGCUGAGAUUAAGAAGGAUGAGAGACAGGGGAUGUCAAACGGUACUAUAUCGACUGGUCUUUGA